AUGACACACGACGCACGCGCGCAGCAACGGGUGUUUCGACAGAUCCGUGAGUCCUUGCAGCUCUAUCUAGGUCCCUUGCUGGACUUUCCACAUGCUCUCAGGGCUCUUUACUGCCAUGUCAACGCCCUGAGGAUGCUCGAUUGCCGACGCGCCAGCUUUUUGGCAUCGCAUGUCGUCUUCACAAACCGAGCGAACGACAGAACUGCAGACGGGCGCAGGUGUUCCCCGCCCAGAGCGACCAACGGACUAGAAGACCGGCUUCGAAAACCCUUCGUUAUCAUGCACGCCUUGAGCUUUGCCAAAUUAUACACGUACCACCAGCUGCGACGGAGACCUCCAGACGUGAUCCAAGAUUACGAUACCUAA